GUUUUAUUUUAUGAAAAUACUCGGUUGUACAGUUCAUUUAUGUAUAUAAUUCGUUAAAUCGAUUUGUAAGAUGUAAUUAGAUACAAUAGUUAGAAAAGAAAACUGAUAAGAAAACAUCAAGCAUUCAUUAAAAGAAAAUAUAUCCAUUAUAAAUAAUUUAUUCCUGUAAAAACAUAUUAAAAAGUGUAAAGUAUCUUGAUAAGAAAAAAGAAAACAAAACAAAAAAGCAACAACAAAUCGAAGUACGGACACAUUCGAAAAUUCUACGAACAUUCACACACUUAAAACAUAACGCUAGGUUAUGCCAAAUAACAGAUGUUAUUCUAAGCACUUAAUAGAUUUCUUGGCAUUUCUGUUCCAAGUGAGAUUAUGAGUGGAAGAGACCAUCUGACCUAGUGUUAUUUGUUUCGUAUUAAGGUAAUAACGUUAUCUAAAUCCAGGAAAAUAAAACAGAACACGACGAACAUUUAAAUCGAAAAUCGAGGUAGAACUCCUCUCCACAGGAAAUGAAAGUAUGGAGAACAUCUCCAAUAUGGACGAAGAACAUGGCGACGGCUUCCCUGGUGGAGAAGCCCAAGGAGGAACCGGCGAUGGUGAUACCCAGGACGGAGGAAGAAAUGGAGCGGUCCGUCAGGAAGGCGAAUGUCACCCUCCUUGGUUGCAACAACCUACACGGCAGGAUCACCGCCGCCAGUCUUAAGAUCAAUGGCAAGGACAUCAGGCAGCUAAAGUUGUGGGAUAACAGCAACAGCAUCAGGGGCGUUGCCAUGGAGCUCUCACAUAUCCCCACGAGGACCAAGACAAGCUCUUUUGUAGGCAAGGGCCAACUCCAGAUGGCUCUAAGGAACGCUGACAUAGUUAUGGUGAUGGGCGGUAAUGUCGGAUUUCCACACGAAUCGACUACGGAUCUCUUCGCCAGGAACAGCACCCACAUGCGGGAGAUGGCCAAUGCCAUAUUGGCGCACGCCCCGAAGGCGAUGAUAGGAAUCUGUGUCAACCCAAUCAUGCCAUGUCUGGCCAUGUUCGCAGGUAUCCAGAUGGCGCAGGGAGUGUUCUGCCCUAACAGAGUGUUUGGUGUGAUGGCCCUGGACGAGAUGCGGGCCUCUACCUUGGCGGCGGUGAAGCUGGGUCUUCCUCCGGGAACUGUCAAAGUGCAGCUGACCGGAGGAGCCACUGCGGACACCGUAGUACCGGUGAUGUCUGCCGCACAGCCCGGAGGAGAAGCCUUGAAGCCAGACAUGAUCGAGCUGAUGAACAUGCUGCGGUCCAUGACAGACCACGUGAAGGAGGCCUCUCACCAGGGACCUCACCUCAGCGGGGGUCAUGCCACUGCCAAGUUCAUCCUGUCCUUAGUCAAAGGUCUGAGCAGAGAUGAGCAGGUGAAGCUGUCUGCAGCAGUGAGGACUUCAGCACUUGUCGGUGUACCCUACCUCACCCUCCCGGUGACCGUAAGCCGUUCGGGGAUCAUCGGAACAGCUGGGAUACCUCGCCUUAGCAAGUUGGAGCUAAAGGCUUUCAUGCGUGCGCUCCCUACCAUCCUGGAACACAUCGCACUGGGAGAAGCUUGCGCGGCCCAUAGAGAAUUCGGUCAGGACGACCUCUUGGAUCUCUACCAAUAGAAGAAAUGGAGGAAUCGGAAGUGGAGGAGUUCUAAAAUGGACUAUUAUGACUGAGAUCCGUUGUCACGAUAAUAUAAUAUGUUACGGGUGUUUUACAGAAUCAAAUACAUUCCAUAUUAACUGUCUUACAGAUAAACAUAUAUUAACAUAGUUAUAACACUUGUUAAAUAAUUCAAAUAUAUUGGUUGUUGAGUUUUUGCUAA